UCUGACUCUGACCGACUCUUCCCCUUGUGGCCCCUCCUGUUCUUUUCCCAUACCCCUUGCCCUUUCUGCUCCUUGACCCAAGCCUGAGGAGCAUCACUAUGCUCCGAAGCGCAACUUUCCCAUUCUUCUUGCUCCUGGUCAUCGCUUUGCUCGCAUCCGUCUCUUCCGUCCUCUCCAGACAAAGCACCAAAUGCUCCCCCAAGAUCUUGCUCUUCACAAAGACGGCGGGGUAUAGACACGACGCCAUUCCCACUGCGGUCAAAACGAUCACCGACCUGGGAUCCGGUCGUCUGACCCCUUCUGCACUUGAUUCCAGCGUCUCCACGGCUACGUGGACCACUGUGAACAGCGAGGACGAGACCGACUUUGAGGAUCGCGCUUAUCUCAACCAAUUCGAUGCAAUCGUCUUCGCUUUCACCACUGAUGUCGACCCGCCAGGAGUGGGUACGAUUCUCACCGACGCCGGUGUAGCCAACUUCAUGAGCUACAUCGAAGCCGGGGGCAACUUCGUUGGCAUUCACUCAUCUACGAACACUCUCUAUGCUAGUCCGGCAUAUGGUCGUCUUGCUGGAGGCUUCUUCUCGUAUCAUGCUGGAUCGCAGAAGGUCUCUUUGAAAGCAAUUGGUAGCUCCCACCCCGCCACUUCGAAGCUGCCAAAUCCCUUCAACAUCAAGGAAGAAAUGUAUCACCUGCGCUCCAACCCACGCCUCCUGCCAUCGCCGGCGCAUGUCAUCUUGACCAAUGCCACAGCGUACCCUGAUCCAGGAGGAACACACCGAGAGGGCAAACCGCAGCCCUUGGCGUGGUGGAGGGAGGGUGGUCUUCUUGACGUAAACUCCACUGCGCUUGGAGGUGAUCUCGAUGGGCAGUCUAACUACACGGGAGGUGCAGGCAGGAGUUUUGUCACGACGCUAGGCCACGAGAUUGCUACUUGGUCCAACGACGCCUUCCAAGGGCAUAUCAUGGGAGCGAUUGCCUGGACCAUCAUGUCGACGUGAGCAUCGUGGCCCAUUGCUUCGUCUGUCGCGGGUUGUGGUUGGGAAAAGAAAGGCCAGCUGGCUGACUGCAUGCCUUCACCUAUUGCCAUCCUUCCAUGUCACAUUCUUUACUGCAUCACUCUCUUUCGCAUCGUCUCCACACUCAUUUACAAUCAUCACUCGCUCUCUUCGAAAGGACCACGUAUUCGAGCAAUGCAUCUUCCCCCAUAGGCACCAACUGCACAGAUGCAGGAAGCAUUCCCGCUGCUGGUAACGACACAGG